AUGGCAUCUGUCACUUCGACCGCUACUCCAACCCUCAGGGUCAACGCCGCAAAGGGAGUAACAGAGAACCAGCAACCACCACAUGGCUCCAGAACACAACCCCCCGAUGGAUCAGCUUCCUACGAUCAUUUCUUCUGGACAUAUACUGAAGAACCUCACCGCUCGAGACGUCAAGCCAUCAUAAAAGCUCAUCCGGAGGUCACAAAGCUAUGCGGUCCUGAACCCCUUACGAAAUGGCUCGUACUCGCCGUCGUCUCCCUACAAAUUACAUGCGCAUAUCUGCUCCGUGACACUUCAAUGUUCUCAUGGAAAUUCUUCCUGACCGCAUACGUGAUUGGGGCAACCUCGAAUCAGAACCUCUUUCUCGCCAUCCACGAAAUUUCACACAAUCUGGCAUUCCGGUCUGCGCUUGCAAAUAGGUUGUUGGCUAUUUUUGCCAAUUUGCCGAUUGGGUUGCCGUACAGUGCUGCUUUCAGACCCUACCAUCUCACGCACCACAAAUCCCUCGGCGUCGCGGGCCUCGACACCGAUCUCCCCACGGCCUUUGAAGCGUUUCUGCUUGACUCUCUGCUCGGCAAAGCGUUCUUCUGUACAUUCCAAAUUUUCUUUUAUGCGCUCAGGCCCAUGUUUGUGUACAGUCCGCCCUUUACGUCCAUCCACGUCCUCAACUUGAUCACUCAACUCAGCUUUGAUUAUGCGCUUGUGCGAGUCUGUGGCGGGKCAAUACAGCCUGUUUUGUACUUGUUGUUUAGCUCAUUUCUGGCUGGAUCCUUGCAUCCCUGUGCGGGACAUUUUAUUGCGGAGCAUUACUUUUUCUCGGAGGUCAAGGCUGGCGGCACAGAGUCGCUAUCUGAGUUGAAGAACGAGGGAAAGAAGAGUCCGCUGGAUUCUCUGCAACCCCCAGAGACGUACUCCUACUACGGCCCACUGAAUAUCCUGACGUACAACGUCGGACUACACAAUGAGCAUCAUGAUUUCCCUGCUAUACCGUGGACAAGACUACCGGAAGUCCAUCGUAUUGCACGCGAGUUCUACGAACCGUUGCCGUGCCAUCGGAGUUGGGUAUGGGUUAUCUGGACGUUUGUGCUCGAUAAAAAUGUCGGGUUGUGGUGUCGCGUUAAAAGGGCUCAGGGUGGUAGGAUUGUUGGCGGUGGAAGUGGUGCUGGUUUGUCGAAAAAGGCCGGAAGAGGAGGUGAGGGGAUUUCUGCCUCUUCUAUGAAAGAGGAGGAAGAAGAGGAUGGGUGGAAAGAGAGUGAGAUUCAGAAUUAG